CCCUCUUAUAAAAUUACAGGCUGAUCUGGACUCUAAUAUGGUUCUGCCAUAAAACUCCAAAUAGUUGUAGGCCCCACAGUUUAUUUUCCAUCAUCGGUGGGCCUCACACGGUUCGAACGAAUCUCAUCUCAAAUCACUAUAAAAUGGAGAGAACCUGCCUGCAUACCACCACAUCAUCUCUUCUUCUUCUCGGCUCUUGGUAACUUCUCUCUCAAUCUGUUUCCCGCCAAUGGACACCCAAAAUCCCCACGUGGCAAUCCUCCCCAGCCCCGGCAUGGGCCACAUCACCCCCCUCCUAGAGUUCGGUAAACGGUUAGUUACUCUCUACGGCUUCCACGUCAGCUUCUUCGUCCUAACAACCGACGCCUCAGCUGCCCAAACCCACCUCCUCCGCUCCGCAAAUCUUCCACAAGGCCUUAACAUCAUCCACCUCCCACCGACCGACGUCUCUGGACUGUUCCCGCCCGACGCUGCGAUAGAGACCCGAAUGUCUAUAAUCGUUAGAGAAUCAGUCCCGGCCCUUCGGUCCGCGCUAGCUGAGUUGGCGCGGCCCACCGUCCUUGUCGUCGACGUCUUCGGCACCGACACGUUCCCGAUAGCAGAUGAGCUACACAUACCUAAGUACGUGUUCUUCACAUCGACAGCGAUGCUGCUAGCUCUCCUUAUGUAUUUGCCAACGCUCGACGUGGAGGUUACAGGCGAGUACGUCCAUCUCCAAGAACCGCUGCAGAUUCCUGGCUGCAAGCCUAUCCAGAUCGAGAACAUGGUCGACCCAUUGCAGGACCGGAAGAACGAUCGGUAUGGAUGGGUGUUACACCAAGCAUGCAGAUACACGAUGGCCCAAGGAAUUCUAGUUAACACGUGUGAAGAUCUUGAGCCAAUAACGAUCAAGGCCUUGAAAGAGGACCCGAUUCUAAGGAAAAUCCCAACACCUUCCAUUCACCCAGUGGGCCCGAUAAUACAAUCGAAUACCCCACUGGUAUCGGGUAAAGAGUGUUUGACAUGGUUGGACCGGCAACCGGCUGAAUCAGUCAUAUAUGUGUCGUUUGGGAGUGGCGGGACGCUAUCAGCUGAGCAGAUUACUGAGCUGGCAUGGGGGUUGGAGUUGAGUCAGCAACCAUUCCUUUGGGUGGUCCGUCCGCCUAGUGGAAAUGAGAAAUCGGCAACUUACUUCACAUCAGGCGGGCAAUGCGGCCACCCGUCGGAGUACUUGCCAGAUGGGUUUCUAACAAGGACACAGGGAAUUGGAUUGGUGGUUCCUUCGUGGGGCCCACAGAGAGAGAUCUUGAGACAUAAGGCGACAGGUGGAUUUCUAACCCAUUGCGGGUGGAAUUCUACGCUAGAGAGCAUUGUCUAUGGUGUGCCAAUGAUCGCCUGGCCACUUUUUGCUGAGCAGAAGCUGAAUGCAUCGACAUUGACAGAGGAGCUUAAGGUUGCAGUUCGACCGAUGGUGUUGCCGGAGAAGGAAGGAGUGAGACGAGAGGAGAUUGAGAGGGUGGUGAGAUUGGUGAUGGAUAGUGAAGAUGGAAAGGCGUUGAGGGGGAGGGUGAAGGAGGUGAGUGAUAGUGUCUUGAGAGGUUUGGAUGAGGGGGGUUCCUCUUAUAAUUCGCUUUCUAAUGUUGUCAAUGAAUGGAAAAUCAACCUCCAAAAGCCUAUAGGAAAUGUAGAGUAGCUGUUUUGUGAAAUACGCAACCUAGUUUAGGAAGUCUUUUGGUGUUUUCUUCUCUCUGAUAUUGGCAGGUGUAGUUACAUAUGCCAAUGGCCCUCAUUUCAAAUAAGUUAACACUUCUCUUAUUUUCUUCAA